GUGCCUGGCAGACGGCGGCGGCGGGCGGACGGGUGCGUUCCUGGUUUCCCGCGGCCGAGUCGGCAGAGAGACGGAGAGACAGAGACAGAUCUUCCACCUGCUGGUUCACUCCCCAAAUGUCUGCAACAGCCGAGGCUGGGCCAGGCCGAAGCCAGGAGCCACAAACGCAGUCUGGGUCUCCUGCUUGGGUGGCAGGGUCCCAAGUACUUGAGCCGUUAUCUGCUGCUUCCUCUGUGGGUUACAGAAGAAAUGAGAUGUGGUCUGAAGGACGCUAUGACUAUGAAAGACUCCCAAGAGAACGGGUACCUCCUCGCAGUCACCCUGGCGAUGGCUACCGUAGAGUAGUUAAUAUUGUGCCAAAGAAACCACCACUGCUAGACAGACCUGGUGAAGGAAGCUACAAUAGAUAUUACAGUCAUGUUGAUUACCGAGAAUAUGACGAGGGCCGCAGUUUUUCUCAUGAUCGAAGAAGUGGUCCGCCUCACAGAGGAGAUGACUCUGGGUAUCGGUGGACGAGAGAUGAUCAUUCUGCAAGCAGACAGACUGAAUACAGGGAGAGGCAAACAACGGAGCCCUUACUCCCUCUUCCUCCAGAGGCCCUGCGACGGAAAGCUCCCUCCUUCACAAGGGAGAGGCAAACAACGGAGCCCUUACUCCCUCUUCCUCCAGAGGCCCUGCGACGGAAAGCUCCCUCCUUCACAAGGAACAUGAGAGAUGGCUUUAGAAGAAAAGGUUUCUACUCUUCCCAUUACGUGAGAGACCGGUCUCCUCAUAAAAGGGACGCUCCUUUUCUCAGAGAAUCACCUGUAGGCCGCAAGGACUCUCCUCACAGCAGAUCCGGCUCCAGUGUCAGUAGCAGAAGCUACUCUCCGGAAAGAAGCAAAACAUACUCUUUCCAUCAGUCUCAGCAGAGAAAGCCCGCGCGUGCUGGUACCUUCUACAAACGGCAGAAUGAAGGAAAGCCAGAAAGAGGUAAGGAGAGAGCUGUCCAGUCUUUGAAAACAUCAAGAGACACUUCGCCCUCCAGUUCUUCAACAGUGCCUUCAUCAAAGACGCUGGACAAGCCCAGCAGGCUGACCGAGAAGGAACUUGCAGAGGCGGCGAGCAAGUGGGCUGCUGAGAAGCUGGAGAAGGCGGAUGAAAGCAACUUGCCGGAAAUUUCGGAGUACGAGGCGGAAUCUACGGCACCGUUAUUCAUUGAGCAUCCAGAGGAACCUGAAUCCAGUACAACUGCAGGUGUGGAAUUAUUUGAAGACAGUCAGCUAACUACUCGCUCUAAAGCAAUAGCAACCAAAACCAAAGAGAUUGAGCAGGUUUACCGGCAAGACUGUGAAACCUUCGGGAUGGUUGUCAAGAUGCUGAUUGAGAAAGAUCCUUCUUUAGAGAAGUCCAUACAGUUUGCACUGCGGCAGAAUUUGCAUGAGAUAGGCGAGCGGUGUGUUGAGGAGCUCAAGCAUUUCAUCACAGAGUACGACACUUCCACUCAAGAGUUCGCUGAGCCUUUUUAGAAAAUUUCAUCCUCAGAAAAGUGUUCUUGAUCCCCCACCCCUGGAUUGUAUAAAUCCUUAAUAUAUGGAAUUUUUGCAGUGAAGAGACAUACUUUAUGAUAGUUGACCACAUUUCUGUAUCAAAUAAAGAUGUCAAACCAAA